AUGGGUGAGCUAAUUAGUAUAGAUAACAAUGAAGGAGAUCAGAAAUGGAUACGGCAUUAUUGCAGCUCUCAUAAAAUACUGCUGGUGGGUGAGGGAGAUUUCUCUUUUGCUGCAUGCUUAGCCAAACAAUUCGAUACAGCUGUGAACAUGAUUGCUACCUCCUUUGAUUCCAAAGAGUUUUUGAUGCAAAACUAUUCGAAUUCCAGAAUCAAUUUGAAAGAACUGGAGGAGAGGAGAUGCACUACUUUGCACAAUGUGGAUGCACAUACUAUGAUCGAACACCCUCUUCUUAAUUUGAAAGUGUUCGACAGGAUAAUCUUCAAUUUUCCUCAUGCUGGUUUCAUGUUUUCUGAACAUGAUUGUCGCCAAAUUGAGCUUCACCAAGAGUUGGUCAGGGGAUUCUUGUUGAAUGCAUUUGACAUGCUGACAGAGGAUGGAGAAAUUCAUAUUACCCACAAGACGGCUCAUCCUUUCAGCAACUGGAAGAUAAAGAAGUUAGCAAAGGAGAUUGGUCUGCGCUUGCUUGCGGAAGUGGAAUUUAGUCAGUGGGAUUAUCCAGGUUACGUUAAUAAGAGGGGAUCGGGGAGUAGAAUCGACGACACUUUCCCUGUAGGAGAAUGCAGUACUUUCAAAUUCGCCAAACCAUGUCACAGAUCAUUAAAAAUUAUCCAUCGAAGCUGA